AAAAAUCGAAUUCAGUCGUCUCAGUCAGUAGUUGUUAUUUCGCGUAACAACGCUUUCAGCAUUUGACUUUAUGUUAUUUAACUCUUUUGAGAUUAAAAUUGACUUGUAGUAUAUCUAUUGCACCAUCAUCAAAGUGUCUGACUAAUAAUAGAGUUGAAAGUCGAUUAAUUAGUGGAAGUCGUUAGUAGUCAAUAAAUGAAAACGCGAAAACCUUUUAGCAGAAAUAGAACGAGAAAUGUAUGUUCAUUAACCAAAUUUCUUGUUUGAUGAGCGAGCAGUGAGAAAAAUGACGUGAAGUUCGUUGUGUGGAUUAAUAUUGUAAAAGAAAUAAAAAAUUGUUCAAUUUUCUAUUCAUACGAAAAGACUAUCUAUGUGAAGGUUAACAAAGAGUUAUUGUUGUUGUUGGUUUUGUACACAUAUUCGGUUUUCUUCAAAUAAAUCAUUUCCGAACGCUGGGUAGAAACAAUAAAAAAAAAAGUUUUCCUAUGAUACGACACACACUACCAAACUUCGAACCUUAAGAAUUAUUAGCGAAAAUUGUUAAUUGAUAAUUUCAGCUGAUUACGUGCAUGAAUGGUGCUCAUAGUGCUCCGCGACCUAGUGCACAUAUAAUUUGUAUAAAAUUACAAAAAUAAAAUUUUGCUGUUUUGUAACGUUCAGCCACACACCGAUUUGAAAUUGGCUACGUAAUAAAAAACAAAAAAAAAAAUAUUGAAAAGUGAAUUGUUUUGUACGGAUUGUGAACCACUUUUAACAUUUCGAGAACGAAAUCAUUUCGUCAAUGGUUUUGUGGUGCAAAAAUAGAGAGAGAUCAAAUUGGCAAUUACGACGAUUUUUGCUGUAGACGAGGAAUAAGAAAUUUGCAUUCAAGAAAAUCGUUUCCAUUGUUCUGGGUGUGCUGGGGUCAUUAAUAUUUAUUUGCAUUUGAUUCAGACAGGGGAUUGUACAACACAAGAAAAAAUAUAUAUCCGACAGAGAAGUCAACCAUCAAAGCCAUAUGAAGAGGUAAAAUUUCGAUAAAAUGCCAACACUUCUCGAAGCCUUAGAAGAGAAAUAUGGACUGGGCGAUGGACUGGAAGCUCAAGAGUCGCAAGUGUGCAUAUUCGUUCCGAAAUUGCCUCCCAGAUUAAUCGUUCCUGAAUUGCUAGUCCUAAAUGAUUGUGACAUCGACAAAGCCGGCGAACCGGAUGACAUAAAAGAGAAAUGUCGCAGUGUCAAGGAACUCGACCUGGCACAGAACAAACUCCAGAACUGGAACGAAGUCUUUAAAAUUUUGACGCAUUUACCGAAAGUCGAGUUUGUCAAUUUGAGCUUAAACCGUCUAAUGGGCCCGAUUGAACAGCCGCCACUUAACUACAGCGGAAUGAACAAGAUUCGUAGUUUGGUGCUAAAUAACACCCACUUGAAUUGGGAGAGUGUGGAAUCGUUGAUAAGAAUGUUGCCGGUGUUGGAGGAACUUCAUUUAAGUUUGAACGACUAUUCGAAUGUGCUGAUUGAUACGUUGGACGAUGAUGUGUUUGUGGAUGAUGAGAUGGUAAUGAAAGACGAUGAUCACACGUACACCUGUAACGUUGUACCGAGAACAACCACACGAAGCGACUCUACAUGCUCAACGUAUAAAAAGACGGACGCUCACGAGGGUGUUAAGAAACUACAUUUUACAGGUAAUCCAGUAUCGGAAUGGAAUGAAAUCUGCCGCUUGGGUAGAGUCUUUCCGAACUUGGAGUCUUUGGUGCUAGCAGACUGUCCAUUGAAAGCCGUUGAACCAAUUCCACGAUCCUCAUCGUGCGGAAGUGAUAGCGAUUUGUCAAGUGAACCAAGUGAUAAUCAAGAUCCACCUCAUGCACACUUUAGAAACCUCGCACUGCUCAACUUAAGCAGCACACACAUCAACACAUGGGACGAUAUCGACCGUCUUGCCAAAUUCCCCUCCCUACGCAAUUUACGUGUGCAGAACUGGCCUUUAUGGGAAAAAUGUGAUUCAACCGAACAUGAACGACGGCAACUAUUGAUUGCCCGUUUGCCAUAUGUAGAGAAGUUGAACGGCGGUGGUGUCAUCAGUUCGGACGAACGUGAAGAUGCUGAACGGGCGUUCAUUCGAUAUUAUCUGGAGAAACCGGAAUUGGACCGGCCAGAACGGUACAAUGAGUUGACUCACAUUCACGGCAAAUUGGACCGUUUGGUUAACAUUGAUUUGCGACCGGACAAACGGGUUAAGGUCACUUUUACGUACGGUGAAACAAGCGAAGUUCGUCAAGUGGAUGUUUACAGAACGGUUAUCGAUUUGAAGAAUCGGCUGGAACGAUUACUGAAUAUACCGGCAGCAAAAAUGAGACUCUUCUACGUGGACAAAGAUCUGCGCGAUCAGGGGCCCGAAGAAAUGAAGUAUCCACAUAAGCAGCUAUACAGUUACAAUAUAAGUACUGGUGACGAGAUCAUUAUCGAUCUAAAACGUUAGUGCAGCAAACUUUCGUUGUUCAAUUUUUUGUUCGAUUUUUUUUUGACGAAAGAGUUUGGAAUAAAUUUUGAAAAAAUUUAACGAACUUUUGAGUAAAUGAUAAGUAAUUUUGCGCUGUGUUUUCCGUUUAGUUUUUGUUUUUGGUUUCGUCUUUGGUUCAGUAUUUCUUUUACUCUCAAUUUUAGUAAAAUUUAGUGCUAGAGCAAUGCAAAAUAGAACUAACAUAAUGGAAAUCUAAACGAAAAAUAUUUUGUAAUUUAGGUUUUAAAACAAAUCCAAUUCCGUACUAAUUUUGAUUCAAGAUUUUGUUUUUU